GAGGUUGUCCCCACAAGUUGUACCUGUCAGACUGGUUCGCCUGCGGCAGUCUGGCAACUACUCCGCAUACUUUAACAAAUCUCUUCAAUGCUGGAGAUAGUGCUUAGGCACGGACAGAGACAAACUGUAUGUACUGAAUGGCGGACUGUCGCGAGGUAGAAAAUUGUAAUAACACGUUUGAUCUACACCUGAAGACGAAAAAUAAUUAUACUGAGCCUUCUCAAGCGGGCAAACAUUUGUGGCCCAGACCACUAGCUAGAAAAUGGACUCUGAUGCUGCUGCUUGGCACUUCGCUACUCUACUGUGCGAGGAUGGCCAUGCCCGUCUGUGCUGUCUCGAUGGCGGCAACAUUUCACUGGAGCAAGACAGAGAUGGGCCUGGUUCUCGGAGGCUUCUACUGGGGCUACUGUUUAACACAGAUCCUGGGGGGACACGCCAGUGACAAAGUUGGAGGAGAGAGGAUCUUAUUCUUCUCAACAGCCUCCUGGGCAGUGAUCACAGCCGCUACGCCUCUACUUGGACAUUUUCAACUUCACUCUGUGACUGCCAUGACAAUAGGAAGAUUCCUUAUGGGACUGUUACAGGGUGUCUUCUAUCCCUCUGUGUCCAGCCUUUGCUCUCAGCGUGUUGUGGAAGAAGAAAGACCUUUCUUGAUAAGCCUUGCCGGAAGUGGUUGCUAUCUUGGAACAUUGUUGGUUGGAGGGGCUGGUUCCCUUUUGCUAGACUGGUACGGCUGGGAGAUGGUCUUCUAUGCCACUGGUUUACUGGCUGGACUCUGGGCAGUCAUCGUGUGGCAGUAUCUUUUGAAAGGGCAGCUGCUUCCAAAAAAUCUACUCUCAAGUAAGGUUUCAUCUCGGAGCUUCUCCAGAUUCCGUUGGCUGGGCUUUCUGAAGAAGAGACCUGUGUGUGCCAUGGUGUUCGCUCACAUGUGUCACGGCGGCACUUCUUACACGCUGCUCUCCUGGCUGCCCGCAUUCUUCAAAGAUAGCUUCCCAGAUGCUACGGAAUGGGUGUAUAAUCUAAUCCCGUGGCUUGUUGCGUUCCUGUGUUCCUUGUGUGGAGGAUACCUUUCAGAAUUUCUCAGCAACAGAGGAUAUUGUCGGACAUCUGCAAGGAAAAUAAACCAGUCCCUAGCCAUGGGCCUGUCGAGUGUGUUCAUCCUCCUCCUGUGUAGUCCUAUAUCCUUCCCCUCCACCUUGCUGUCCAUCUCUGCCGUCCUGGGCCUCAGCACCUUCAGCAGCAGCGGCGUGUCGGUCAACGUGCAGGACCUCGCCCCAUCGUACGCCGGCGCUCUCUAUGGUUUCAUGAAUAUGUGCAGUGCCUUCAUGGGUGUAGUGCUGGUUUCCUUCUCUGGCUACCUGAUCGAGAUGAGGUCCUACGCGUUGCUCUUCAGCCUCUUGACCCUUUUAAAUAUCACAGGCCUCGGAUGUUUCCUCCUGCUGGGAGACACCAAACGGGUGGACCUGGAGGACAACCUCAGACUCACUGUCAUCUGAUCCUCUCGUUUGAUUGGGUAUCCUAUUUUUAUAUUGGUGAAUACUUUUUUCUAUAGUGAGAUGAACCGCACAAAUCUCAAUAUUUAUAAAUGUCUAAUAUAAUACAUGUGUAAAUGGUGCUAUUCAUGUUUUUUCUAUGCAAGAACAACCUCAAAGUAAUUGCAAUGGAUAGGGAUUCAUAGGGAUUGUCAUCAGGGAAUAUAACAAUUAAGUAUUUUUUAUAUUCCAUCACCAUAAAAUGGAACAGAAUACAAUAGAAACUAAAUGUUAUCUCUAUUUCAUUCUACUGUGUCAAAUGUCUACUCGGACACAAGACAUGCACAAAAUGCACUGACCAGUUUGAGUUUUAUCAGACUAAGGCUUGCUUACAGGGAUACUAUUUUUUAUGCAUGUUGAUCAUACCAAUGCACUUGCAACCAACAAUCUCUUCCGACGGGAGGGCCUAUUGUGUUCUUCACUCUUCCUAUGAAAUAGAAGGUGAUUCGGUCACUAGCCUCCACCAAUUACGUACAUUGUACGUCUGUAAUUACUGGGAAGAUUUAUGCUGAAUAUUCUACGGUUUAACUGUCAUCUGCCUGCUGGUCUUCACAGAUGAAAGUUUCACUAGCAGAUGUAUGAUCUGAAGAGAAACAACUAAGUGCGCAGCUUCAGCUGGCGUAAUUGGGUUGCAUAGGAAUUCUCCUUCAGAAUCAGAUGCAUAGCAUUCAUGUUGUUGAUUGCAGACUGGAUAGUAUAUUUUGUUGGAUUGUGUAUGUAAAAAUAAAAAAAGACUUCACUACUGA